CACGCUGUAGUGUGUGGCGUCAAUAUAUAUGACCUAUCAUUAUAGUAGAUGUUGAGUAUCACUGACAAAAAUGCUGGCGUUCGCGUCUCUUGACGCGCGCGCACAUUCAGCACACAUAUAUAUAUAUACACACGGAGGUCCAGAGCUCGAUGAAACUGAUGUACAGAGUGAGAAAAAGACAAGCAUUGAUGCGGGUGCGCAAGAAUAGUGAACGAAGUUGGAGUGAGUGAAAAAGAGAGAAAGAAAAUUACGAGAUAUAAUGGUACGGUGGUAGUGAAUGGAACGCGGCCCUAGCGUAGUACGACGCUUCUUUGGAGGCUCGGCGAGCACCAAUGGUUGUUUCGGAUCCUGAAUCACGUGAUGUGCGUGUUGAACCAGCAGGAACAUUGCAAAUGACAAGACGCGUCGAGGAUCGUUGUGAGUAAAAAUUAGAGUUUCUUUGCGUUGAAUCAGUGAAUUAGUGAAGUGGUAAAAGAAAGCUUUUGAAGAAAAACACAAGUAAAAAAAAACAGAAGACAAUAAUAAACUUAAAAAAAAGCUGAACGGAAUAUUCGUGAAUUAGCUUGUCUUUCUCUAUCACUUGAUUCUCCUCUUUCUCCACCACAGCUCCGGCGCCUUCACCUUGUCCUGUGUGUGUUGGUCCCACUCGCGGGACCCGCGUUCCCCGUUUCACCUCUCGCGUGUGCUGAUCGUAGUCGUGUGUGCGUUGUUAGCCCUCUGGGUUCUUCGGAGCCCCAUCACAUCUGUUCUUUCCUACAUGACAAAAUGUCGGGAUCACAACGGAUGCGUAAAUCGUCGCCAUGCUCGACGACGAAGCAGGGACCAAUGCGGGCUACAUUGCCGGUAAGCUCAUUGCUUCGACAAAGCAGACAAGGAAGCAAUCUCAGGCAAAGUAACAGCAACAGUCCAGCCGUAUCACCAACCAAUACGAACGCGUGGCGGGCACGAAACUCACCAGAGACAUCGGCUUCUUCAGGGCAGAGAAGUCCUGGAUCACUUUCAUACAAAGCUAAAUCAAAGACCCUUAGUGGUCGUUGUAGUGAUGGUUUGAGUGGAAGUCAAAAUAUUAGAAGGACAGCAUCUCUCGAUACUAUUUAUCUGAAGGGACAAUGGCCUCGUGACUAUUCUUAUAUCCAUGCUAGCCGUCUACUAGUGGAUAAAUCUACACAAACUGAUGAAUGGACUCAAAAUGAACCACGAAAAAUACAUACCAGACACCCCACUGAUCAAACAUCUAAUCCAGACGAAAAAUUACCAAUGGAAAAGUACAUUAGGCACAGAUUACAAAGGACAAAUAAAGAGAGUACUAGUAGCAGAGAAAGAACUGCUGCUUUUGGACUCAUUAUGCCGGGCGGUCCACCUCCAGCACUUCCUGGUGAUCAUACAGUUUUAUUACCCAGUAUUGCUUCACAAACGUCAAUUCAAAAUCAACCUAGUUUGAGUACAAAAGCUAGCCCAAUGAAUAUUCCAGUAAAACCUAUGAGGGGACCAAUGCGUUCAUCAAUUGAAGGUCUUAAUCAAGAAAUUGAAGGACUUGUUUUAAAAUCUACUGCAAAUACAAGUGACCCGGACCAUUCGAUAGAAGAUAAAUACGCAAGAUAUCGUGAGCAAAUGACACCAGAGGGUCAUAGAGCACCUUUAGCAGAUCUUCUAAGAUUAACCAGGAAUGUAAACACACAGACGCCAGCUACAGACCUUCCCUCCAGUUCAUAUUCUUCAGGCCCUCCGUCUAGGAAUUCCGAAUCACCGCUGAUACCAGGUUCUAUGGAUACUUCCCGUCCACCUAGCGAUAUCCCACAAGGUGGCAGUCGUGGAUCUACUCCAGAGCAAGAAAGAGAAGGACGUUUAGGUACAUCACCCCACAUCAACAGGUUUCUCGCUCGAGAACCGCCAGAUGGUUGCGAAAAAGUUAAUUUAAAAUUUGUUGAAGAUGCCAGGCGACCUAUGAUGGACUUAAGCAAAUUAGACUACAGUUCGAAGCCAUGUGUCACAUUUCAGUUGAAGCCAAGCUUGGGAUCAGCUUUCCUACCUCUUCAACAACCGGCCAGCCCUACAAUUGUAACAAGUAACGUGUCACCAUCCUCACAAACGACACCAGUAACGCCACCCCCAAAUCCAUAGUCCCAAACUGUACCUUACGUCAACGUGAGUGAUUUAUACAUUUAUUUUCUUCUUUAAAAUAAGAUUUUAAAAAAGUAACCUCAUGGUAAAGAGUGAUUGACUUUGAUUCUACAACGCGUUUAACUUUUUCAACAAUUGUAAAGUUACCGAAGUAAACCGACUUUCUUAGUGCAAAGGAAAUUCUUGUAAAAACAAAAGAAACUUUUUUUAAAUUUUAAAAAAAGUCCAAGAAUGCAUUUGGUUUUGGUGUUCUUGAAAGCGAACGGUGGAUUGGAUUAUCGCGUCGAGGUGAAAAAAAUGUUGUGAAAGGAAGGCAAGCAACCAAAAAACAUUAUUAUAAAAAAGGGUCCUGUCGAAUAUUCGGUACAUCAAAUAAACGAUGUAAAGAAACAUGAUAAAAAACAAUAAAGGAACAAUAAUUUGUGAUAACUGAAAAAAAUGUUAAGGAAUAAACAUUGUGUUUUGCAGGAAAAAGAGACUAAAAAAAUUAUGUAUUCUAAAUUUAGCGCAAAAAAUGUGCUGGACAAUUUUAGUUUUUUAUACAAAAAGAAAAAAAGAAUAUCCAAUAUGACGAAAAAAAAGAGAGAAAAUACUUUUAAGUAUUACAUAUAUUGGAAAAAUGAUUUUGAAAAUUCUACAGAUUAAAAAAGGGACAUUUGUACCUAGGUAUGUACAUAGGUAAAAAAAUCCCCGUUAAAAAAUGAUUUUAGUUUUUACUAGGCCUUCUAAUCACUUUUAACCUAAUAAAAAAAACCUCAUUGACACGAAUCAAUCACUCGUUGACAAGUUUUUUAACAUUUUGUAUUAUUAUUAUUAUUAUUUGUUUUGAAUAAAACAUAUUCUUUAAAUAUUAGAAAAUAAUUUACGAGUAGCGAAGGAACGCAUCCCUAUGGUAUUAAUUUAAUUGAUUAAAAUAAAUAGUGAAAUGAAAAAAAGACGUUAAUAAAAUCAUUUUGUCUUGAAAAUUUAUAUAAAAUUAUUUAAAAAGGCAAUAUUUUAUUUAAAAUUCUCCUUAAGGGGCCAAUGAAAUAAAUUAUUUACAAUUCAUACAGAAUGAAUAAUUUUUAUACAACAACCAUAGGGUUGUAUGAUUAUAUUCGCUAUUUGUAUUAUAUUAGAUUUUUAUUAUUACAAAAAAGAAAAAAAACUGAACAUGUACAAUUGAUUAAAUGAAAAAAAAGUAAACAAAAAUAUGCAAUGACAGGUCAAUGGAUGUACGGCGAGAUAAACUUAAUUUACUACUGUAAUCGCAAACGAGUAAACAGACAAUAUUAUUAAACUACUAAUUGAUAUGUGAAUAAUGACCAGUGUGGUAUCAAAUGUGUGUGAAAAGGUUUUCUAAUUCGAUCGAAAUAAUUUUAUUCCAUUGAGAGAAAAAAGAAAUGUAUUUUUAACAACCAAUAAAAAUUUUGUAUUCUAAAUUGAUACAUCUAAUGUAUACUAAUAAUGAUAUUAAUUUUGAUAACCUCGAGAAUACAAACAAUGCAAUUUCAAUGCUUUAACUGUGCAAUUAAUUUAUCUCGAAUCAUCACUUACUUUAAUAUUUAAUGUUAAGGUUAUAAUUAUCUAUAAAAUAAAAUACGACUUUGUUAAAAAAAACUUUUUUUCUCUCAAAAUUAAUUUUUUUCAACUUUCAUAAUAAUUAUGAAAUUACUGUGGAUCUCAAUGUAUAUGUGUUUGAAAUAAUGUUAUACGUUUUUAUUUUAAGCAAUCAUUGAAUGAAUAACGUUUAUUAUAAGAAUUAAAAUAUAUUAAAACAUAAGUAACUUUCUUGCUUUUUGUCUUGUUUAUUUUAACUUUUGAAUAAAUGAUAUUGAUAUGAGGUUCGGUUUUAAUUUUUUCCUUUGGCGAUAAAAAUUUAAAGUACAUCCACAAGAUUACUGUCAUCAUUUAUUAAUGGUAAAUACUAAAAAAGUUACUUCUUAUUCAGUAAAUAAUUGAAAAAACACGUAAACGUUAUUCUUAUGAUUAGCUUUUACUUAUUAAGAUUCAUGUUACCUCGUACUUGAACAAAUAAUUUUAUUACAUACAAAAUAAAUAAAAAUAAUAUUGGAAACAUUAACACAUAAGUACCUGGCACACUGGUCUAUGCUCUCUUUUUAUCCAGCUCACUAGCAAGUUUAUGCCUUAGGAUGUGCGUAGCAUGGUGUGCUGUCAUUUCCACACGAAGGUUAAAUUAUUAAUUAAUAAAAAGUUAUAUUAACACUUCGAUUAAUUUCAUGAUUGGAUGCCCGAUAAAUUGACUAGAAAAUUAAUUAUACAUUUUAUUUAUACGUAAAUAAGAAGAUUAAAAAAAUGAUUUUCUUAAAAAAAAAAUGAAACAAAUCAAAGAGGAAAAAAUUAAAAUUAAUUUCUACAAAUAACCUUCGUGUAGUUGCAUAAUGUGUUAUCAAUAUUAAAUUGUUAACGUUUUUUGGUCAAUUCCAAAAAUUAAACAGUAAGCAAAGACUGCUGAAUGAUUACCUGUUAUUUGGAUACAUCCAAAAAAUCGUUUCUCAAGUAAAUUACGAUUAUAAAGAUUCCUUUUAUUAAUUACCUAUUAUCGAGUUUAGGUAUAAUCACUAUUUCUUAGUAACUAAAUUUUCGUGUGAAAAAUUUAAAAAAUAUUGAAAUAAUGAAAAUGAUUUUACUGUUCGGUACAUUCUUAACAUAUCUAAAAAAAAUCCAUCUGAGCAGGUUUCAGAAAAUGGCAAAGUGAUUAAGUCAAUUAUAAAUUUAUUUAACCUUAGGACUUGUAAGAUUAGUAAAAUCAAUCUUACGAUAAUAAACAUAAACAAUAAUAAUAAUAAUAAUAAUAAUAAUAAUAAUAAUAAUAAUAAUAAUAAUAAAUAAUAUUUUGACAAAACUGAAGAUAUUUUAAGAUUAUAAUUGGAAGCUUCAGUCCCAGGGCUAAAUUAACCUUAAAUAAUAGCCAAUCUUGAAAAUUAAUAAUUAAUUGUAAAAAAAACAUACAAUGAAUCAUAAAAAAACAUUCUGCAGUCCAGAAAGUAGUUGACUAAGGAUAGUAAUGAGCUCAUUUGUCAUUUCGACAUUUAUUACUCCUGUGCAAAACAUUUUAACGGUACUGACACAAGAAGUAAUAAAAAUGAUAAUAAUAAUUAUAAUAAUAAUAACAAUAAUAAUGAAUAAUAGUAAUAAUGAAUAAUUAUUUAAAAAAUAGUUUAGAAAAAAACCAUUGCUGUCAUGGCAGUAUUAAAAGUGAUUGCAUUUGGAUCUGAAGUGGCUUCAUUAAUUAAAAAAUAUUCUAAUGAAUAUUAGACCUGUCGCUGUAAUGUAAACGAUAGACUGGUCAAACUGAUUAAGCAGCUUGUUUCUUUUUUUUUAUAUUAAUUAUCUCUAUAUGAAGUGAUUUAUUCAUAUUCUUUUACAUAUAUUUUAACUAAUGAAAAAUAGAGUUAAUAGCUCAAAGAUCAAUGUUUGUCAUUGCACUGAUAACUUGAAUACAAGUACGUCAAGCAAACAAUUUUGAUUUUUAAUUUAAAUUUAACAAAAGAAUUAAAGAGUCGUUUAAAACAGUGAGUAAUUUAAAAUUCAUCUUCAUUAGUUAAUUUAUAACAAACGUGAAGCCGUGAAGAAACAAAAUAAAAUAACUAUUAAGUAAGAAACAAGUUCAUAAGUACAUGUAGUCUUGAUUAACAAUUAAUUAUCACUAAUGACAAGAAAAAAAAAAA